AUGUCCAACCAGUUGAGCAUUAUCGCAGGAAGGAGGAGCAUUGGCGUGACGCUACCGUCCUGCCUGAAAUCGCUCAACUUCCUAAUAUCUUGUCCUGAUUUGGACGCCAUCUUCUCAUCAGCAUCGCCGUUCACCGCACUAGAGGAGCUGCUGAUCACCAACUGUAGUGGGCUGGAGAGCCUUCCUAACGGCAUUGAAGACCUGCUGCCGUGCCUUCGGAAGCUGGCCAUUCGCGAUUGCCAUCAUUUCACUCACCUGAAUGAAAGCUUCACUUCUCUGAGCUGUUUGGAAACACUCGUUGUCUCUUUCUGUGACGCAUUUACCUUACCCAACAACUUUGGUCGCUUGCCUGCCCUUAAAUUGCUGGUGCUGGAAGCAUUGUCUCUCGCCAGUCUCCCUCCUUCCUUCUGCCAUCUCACAUCUCUCGAGGCACUCUUUAUACUUGACUGCGGUGAGCUUUCACAGCUGCCAGAGGGUCUCUGCCGCCUUACUGCUCUCAAGGCGCUCUGCAUCGCAUUGUCACUGAAAGUGGAGUUGACAGAAAACGUUGGGGCCCUUCCAAGUCUACAGGCUCUCAGGUUGCAUGAGUGCCCGCAUCCUUGCCCGGCCUUCUUCACUAACCUGUCUUCCUUGACGAGCCUUAAGCUAGAUGAUUGCUUCCCUGUUGGGCUUCCCAGACAAAUGCUUCCCAGCUCACUGUUUCAGCUUGCCGGGCUUAAAAUGGUGAAGCUGUUGCAGCUGAGGGUGCUGAAGCUGAACUGCGUUGGGGUUCGAUGCGGGCCUGCAAUGAGCAGCAUGCUGACGUGCCUGCAGCAGAUGAGAGAGCAGGUGGAGUGGCUGGAACAGCAGGGAGGAGGGCCAGAGCUUCCAAUUCCUCUGUCCUCUCUCCCUCGCCUGCGCAGCUUGUUCAGUGAGCAGCUAGAGCUGCUGCAGCCACUGGAGCAACUGCAGCAGGUGAAGCAGCUGGAGCAUCUGGAGAUGCGUUUGGGAGGCGAGAGCCGGGAGCUGCCAGUCACCCUGACCUUUCUCCCUCGCCUGCGCAGCUUGCUGAUAGAGGCGCCGGGAAUCAGCAGGCUUCCAGUAAACAUGGCAGCAGCGUUGCCGCAGCUGCAGCAACUGGAGCUUCACUCUUGGUCACCGGAGGAGUUGCCAGGAAGCAUACUGAAGCUCACCUCGCUGAUGUCACUUACUGUUGAAGCGCCUCAGCUGGUGGCGCUACCUCAAGGCAUGGCCCGCUUGUCUCGGCUGUGCAAGCUGGAGCUGAUUCGCUGCAACGCCUUGCAGCACCUCCCGGAAUGUCUCUCCCGGCUGCACCAGUUGGUACUGCGUGACACCUCCAUCCGCUCCGUUCCUGCGAAACUGGUGCAAGUGAUUGAGGAGCAGUGA